GUGCGAGAGUCGAGAGAGGGGAGAUCCACCAGCAGUGUAUCCGCUUCAAUCCCCGCUGAGUCUGCCGGUGCAGCGCACACACACACAUACACACCCACACACACUCAGAGGGCUGAGAUGUGACAGUUCACCAGAGGAAAACAGCGUGUUUCUUGUGGGAUUUUUUUAUUGUCAGCUGGAUAAUGGGUGAAGACAGGCGGGGAGUCAUUUUGACAAUGCGGGCCACUUGGUUUGCGGUGCUUCUCUGUGCGAUGACUUCGGUGUGCGCCUUGGAAGAGACGGUGAUGGAUACAAGGACAGCGACAGCUGAGCUCGGCUGGAUAUCGUUCCCUGCCAACGGAUGGGAGGAGGUGAGCGGUUAUGAUGAAAACCUCAACACCAUCAGGACCUACCAGGUGUGCAAUGUGUUUGAUCCCAGCCAGAACAACUGGCUCCUCACGACUUAUAUCGACCGGCGGGCUGCGCAACGUAUCUACGUGGAGAUUCGCUUCACCGUACGCGACUGCGCUUCCAUCCCCAGCGUCCUGGGCUCCUGCAAAGAGACGUUCAACCUGUACUAUCUGGAGACCGAAAGGACGUUGUCACAGAGCAUCAAAGGGGUGGAGUACUGGGCCAAUGCCCCUUUUCUUAAGGUGGACACUAUCGCAGCAGAUGAGAGUUUCUCCCAGGUGGAUUUUGGUGGAAGGCUAAUGAAGGUGAACACAGAAGUUCGGAGUUUCGGGCCGUUGUCCAAAGGCAGAGGCUUCCAUUUGGCGUUCCAGGAUUUGGGCGCUUGCAUGUCUCUUCUGGCUGUCAGAGUAUUCUAUAAGAAAUGCCCCAGCGUGGUGCAGAACUUUGCCUUUUUCCCAGAGACGCUGACUGGAGCAGAGUCCACCUCAUUAGUCAUCGCUAGAGGAAGUUGCAUCCCCAACGCUGAGGAGGUCGACGUGCCCAUAAAGCUCUACUGUAACGGAGACGGAGAGUGGAUGGUACCCAUCGGCAGCUGCAGCUGCAAAGCGGGUUAUGAACCAGACAAUGACAACGUGUGUCGAGCUUGCCCUCAGGGGACCUUUAAGUCGUUCCAGGGGGCAGGGUUAUGUCAGCAAUGUCCGCUCAACAGUCGCUCCACCAUCGAGGCUGCCACCAUCUGCAGUUGUCGCAAUGGCUAUUACCGUGGAGACAUGGACAAACCAGAGGACGUGUGCACCAGUGUUCCUUCAGCUCCGCGCAACGUGGUCUCAGUCGUCAACCAGACAUCGGUGCAGCUGGAGUGGCACCCCCCGCGUGACACCGGGCACCGGGACGACAUGUCAUACAAUGUUUUGUGCCGCCGGUGCCACAGCAGCGAGCGCCGGGCAUGUCAGCCAUGUGACGACAGCGUAGUAUUCGUUUCAGACAAGCAAGGGUUAAAGGAAACAAAGGUGGAGGUCAGCAAGCUGCGGGCCCACACACCUUACACCUUCGAAAUACAGGCAGUAAACGGAGUUUCCAACAAGAGCCCUUAUCCCGCCCAGCAACUGUCAAUCAACAUUACAACCAAUCAGGCUGCUCCCUCUGUAGUUCCCAUAAUGCACCAAGUGAGCUCAACAAGCCGCAGUUUCUCGUUGUCAUGGCCACCGCCCGAACAGCCCAACGGAAUUAUCCUCGACUACGAGAUACGAUACUUUGACAAGUCCCUGUCGUCAGUACUGAACAGUUCAGUGGUCCAGAGCGAAACACCCAAUGUUGUUCUGGAGGGUCUGAGGCCGGGGACCGGCUACGUGGUGCAGGUGAGGGCUCGCACUGUGGCUGGCUACGGAGCCUACAGCAAGGAAAUGCUCUUCCAAACGCUCACCGACGAUGAGUAUAAGUCAGAGCUAGGACAGCAGCUCUCCCUGAUUGCAGGCUCUUUAGUCGGUGGAGUGUGUAUUGUCUCAUUGGUAGCAAUCGCCAUCAUCUGCACCAGGAGAAGGCAGUUGAAAGAGAGUGUGUACGGUGACAAGCUGCAGCAGUACAACGCAGGAGGAGAUGUGACUCUGAGGCCUGACAUGUUCAGUGGUCCUACCCCCACUGUGACCUUUCCUACCUUGUCCGAAGGCCAUAGUUCACCGGGGGUCAAGAUCUACAUUGACCCCUUCACCUACGAGGACCCCAACGAGGCUGUCAGGGAGUUUGCCAAGGAAAUUGACCCCUCCUGUGUCAAAAUAGAAGAAGUCAUUGGAUCAGGUGAGUUUGGGGAGGUGUACAAGGGUCGCCUAAAGCCUGUUGGGAAAAAAGAAAUUCCUGUGGCCAUCAAGACCCUGAAGGUUGGCUACUCUGAGAGACAGAGGAGGGACUUCCUGUCUGAGGCAUCAAUCAUGGGCCAGUUUGACCAACCAAACAUCAUCAGACUGGAGGGCGUGGUUACCAAGAGCAGGCCUACAAUGAUCAUCACAGAGUUCAUGGAGAACGGAGCACUUGACUUGUUUCUCAGGCAAAAUGAUGGGCAGUUUCCAGUGAUCCAGCUGGUUGGUAUGCUGAGGGGCAUCGCAUCCGGAAUGAGAUACCUGGCGGAAAUGAGUUAUGUUCACCGGGACCUGGCGGCUCGGAACAUCCUGGUUAACAGUAACUUGGUGUGUAAGGUUUCUGAUUUUGGAUUAUCACGUUAUCUGGAGGAGGACACCUCUGACCCCACCUACACCAGCUCACUGGGCGGUAAAAUCCCAGUUCGGUGGACGGCUCCGGAGGCGAUUGCCUACAGAAAGUUUACAUCAGCUUCAGAUGUCUGGAGUUAUGGGAUCGUCACCUGGGAGGUGAUGUCAUACGGAGAGAGGCCUUACUGGGACAUGAGCAACCAAGAUGUGAUAAAUGCCAUCGAGCAGGACUUCAGGCUGCCAGCUCCCAUGGACUGUCCGGUUGUGCUGCACCAGCUGAUGCUGGACUGCUGGCAGAAAGACAGGAACGCACGGCCAAAGUUCCCAGAUAUUGUCAGCAUGUUGGACAAAAUGAUACGCAACCCUGCAUCUCUCAAAGCAGGCACCAACAACAUUGCCCCCGGUCCCUCCCAUCAUCCUUUGUUAGACCGUGGUGCUCCCGACCUGAGCAGGUUGAGCUCUGUGGAAGACUGGCUGGCUGCAUUGAAGAUGACCCAGUAUCGAGACUCCUUCCUGGGCUCGGGCUUUACUUCUUUGCCGCUCGUCACACAAAUCACAGCCGAAGAUCUUCAGAGGAUUGGAGUGUCUUUAGCCGGACACCAGAAGAAAAUCCUGACCAGUGUUCAGUCGAUGAGGCACAACAUUGAUGACCAGUCUCCUACUGAAUCUGUGUAACGACACAGGGGAGCGAGCCAGUAUGAAAUAUUCGACACGUGUACAGUUUGAACGAGGAGGCUGUCAUCUUUACGCCACUGUUUUACUCUCAUACCUUGGAAAUCUAAACCACUUCACCAGUAUUUAACAAUCACUGUGGCCAUUUUUGUAUCUCUGUGGCCUCAGUAGUUACCAGGUCCCUCCUUCAUUCAGUGGACAGACAUCACACCAUUAAGCAAAUUGAUUCAAACUAAAUGUUAACCAGUAAACUUAGGUUGGGGAGCAUGGACACACUCCAACCACACCUCUAACCACUUGGAAGGCUUACUAAUCAAACCCCACCACUCCAUUCCCAUCCCCCUCAUCCCAACCCCAUCCCUCCCCCUCAUGCAUUUACCCAUGACCCCAUCCAUCCCCCUGCUCAUCCCUAUAUAUCCCAUCCUAUUCAAUCCAGUCUCCAGGUACUGUCUGAGACACAUUGGGGGACUCCGGAGUCCCUUCCUUUCCAGUCUUCAUACAUCUGUCCCGGACAGGCUUAACCAGUCAACAUCCUCCCCCUGCGUUUAUCACCUUCUUUGUAUUCGUUCAUCCAUCCAUCUUCAUUUUAUUAAACCUUUACAUAUUUGCUACAGGAUGGUUGUGGUGGGGUCCUUGCUAGUGAAAUGCCUCUUGGAGGGGAUUCAAUGCAUAUUUAGUGCAAGAGAAAAAACAAGGAAGACAUGAUUUGUGACUACAAAAAAAUAGUGUCUGGACUUUUCUGUCUGAGUACAACAGGUACAAUCACAAACCCCAUUCCCUCUUACCCCGCUGUUUAAUUCAAGGACAACAUGGCCUGGUUUUUUAUAUAAGGAUAAAUCCUGAAACUACAACACAAUGCUACUGUGAAGACAAAACUGACCAAACAGACAUUUAUAUGAAGGGACACAAACUGGACGAAUAGCCUGACAAAUGGUCUUUCUGGAGACCCAUUGCCGGCUUUUUAAUCUCCAGUAUGUUUUGUUGAGACUACUUCAGUGUGUUGGUGAAAAUUGCGACCAUUUGAAUCUAGACAAGAGCCACAGUUAAUGGGACUUUGUGAAUCCAUCUUCAUAUUGAAGAGUCUGUACAUAUUAUGAUAUGGGAUGUUAAUUUCCUAUUUGCUCAUUUGCUUUCACUUUUGCCGACAGCAUCAAACAAUUAAUUGUCAGUGGUGUAUUUUGUGAGCUCUGUAUGAUUAUCUUCCACUGCCUGGAUCAUCACUGGAACACACUUUUAAGUGCUGUGGACUGCAAACAAAAAAACAACAGAAAAAUAGGUUUCGUGCUUCUAUUUUUUGUACUUCCCAUGCUGCAAUAGAAAAAAGAUAAACUCUUCGACACAGAGAGCUAGCAAAGCCUGGCCUACUUAAAAUACUUAAUUCAAAGGUUACUCAUAAUGGAUGAUGUUUUACAAUCAGCACAUAUACCCUCUGAGUAAAGGCAAAGACAGACCAGGCAACGGAAAACAAAAUUGGAUAAAGAACUAUUAAACCACUGCAGUGUAAUAUGGGUUUUCCCAGCUUGGAAUUAAUGCAGGCUUUAGAUAAUAGAAGAAAAGGAAAAAAACGGCUUGAAAGACUGUAGAUGUGGAGUCAUUAUCAGCUGCUUAGAUGCACUUGUUGUGAAUGAACACGCAGCAGUGACCAUAGUAUCUCAUAAGGCAGAAAAGGUUAACCAUCCGAUGUUCUUGUGAUUUGGCUGCAAAUCCUAAAGCUGACUUCCAGUCAGGCAUUAAUACAAGGCAUGAACAAACCAGACAUCUAAUGGUGGUUUACUAUUUGCGCAUGAAACAAAUGUCAUUUCUGUCAAAACUGUAUGGCUGCAGUCCACAUGGUCAUCACUCUACAGUAGGCAGGGGCCUUUGUAUCAAUUUGUUUAGUUUUUAUUCAUUGGCUGUUGGACAUGUCAUUAUUGUCAGAGUCACAUUUCCUCCCGAUUGACUGUUGUGUCAGUUUGCAGAUGAAGUGACCCGUCCACAUUCAUCUGUGGACAGCAACCUUUUCAAUUGCGGGCAUUACCCAAAACUCAUUUACAAGCAACACAGACUGAUUUCUCUGACAUGUCAGAGAAAAAGAUCUAACGAGAAGAGACAGUGAAAUAAUAAAAUUCUGGAGGGGUCAAGAAGGAAAUUACUGGUGUAUUUAUCAUGUUUUGGUGCAGAAAUGUGAUGUUUGACUCACUCAUCUUCACAAAAUAUGAUAGCAAGAAUGCCUGAUCUCCCUCUGGGGCCCGCUGAUGGAGAAGCAAUGGAAGAUCUCUUUUAUCUUAGUGCUAAGCAGAUUACCAGCUGUGAAACAACAGCAAGCUCGCUCUGCCUUUAGCCCAAACCUCUGGUCAUGCGUGGGCCCCCACAUCCCAAGGAUUACCAGUCUGCAGCACUGAUUGGAUGUUGUGAUUUCUAUUUGUCAUUCCCCUUGGAACCAUGCUUAUAAUGACAGAAGUGACAGUAUUUAGUUGUUUGCUUUCAACACGUUUUAUGGCUGACAUGUCCUACAGGACGAUGUGUUUGUUUUUUGUCUCACACCGCUGCUCUCCACUGCCGGGACGGCCCAAACUCUUUUAUUAAUGAGUGUUGUGACAUUGAGAAGUCCGCAACUAUAGAAAACCUCUAAACAUUUCAGUUUCCACUUUUUGGGGGGGAGAAACUCUUCUCUGCCAGAAUUGUAUUUGUUGCCUGGCAACGAUAGGUUAUUGAACAUUUUAUCAGGAAGUAUAGAUCAAUUGGGAGCUUGUCAGUGGUUCAGAGGCAUAAUUCAUUGUAAAUAGAUGCUUGUGGAAAAAACAGUUUCAGCGCUCGGGGGUUUAACAAAGAUUGAGACAAUGAGUGUAAGCUCAUAUUGAACACCAUCUAAACAAAAAAAAAUGUCAUGCAGAAGAAAUGAAAGCUACCAACACAGACAGCCUUCUUAGAGUAACAUGUGGCUAUGUGUUAUGUGUUUAUCCUUUGCUUUGUGUUUUCUUUUCUUCAAUUUAGCAAGGUUAGAUAUGAGCUUUCAAAGGUAUUUCACAUGUUUCUGUGCCAGUGUUUGAGAAAGACGUACACGAUUCACAGGACGUCUUGUAAUUUAUUCUUUGACAUGUCUUGGUUUGAGGGCAAAUAUACAACUCAGAGAGAAUAUCUCAGGGACAAAACAGAUGUAAGUUUUGUCCAAAGUGCUGCAUUAAAUGGGAUCGUUUAUCGGUACAUGAUGCAUUAUUUAAAAAGAUACAGGAUAAAGUGCUUUAAGAGUUCAUGGAGAAAACUGUUUGAUGUUAGUUUUCUGAAGUGCUUAUUAAAAGUUAAAUCCACCCUAAAUCCAGCUCCUAAAAGAGAGUAAUAUCUAACUAAAUCCUUUGAGAGUUUGCUAUAUGUGUAUGUGAACAAGACUCUUAUACAAGAAAACAGUGAGAUACACUUUCUGAUUGUGUCAGUGCUAAAUGUCAAGGCUAAAUUACAUUUGUAAUCCUUUUUUAUUAAAAGUAAAGGAGUUUUGACAUCUUGUUUUUUUUUUAUUGAGGGGUCUUAUGUUGAAAACCAAAAUCACCAAGCUUCCAAUGAAAGUUCAUCCUUAGAAGUUUUGCCAUUCUUUAUUACUUUACUAGUUUACGCAAAUAUUUUGCUCUAUGUCAUUGUAGACUUUUUCUCUAAGACAUGCUCUGUCCUAAUUCCAUACUAAAGUCCAUAUUAAAUCUGAGCAGGAUUUGAGUACAGAAGAAGUAGAGUGUUCACACUGGAGAAGUAUACUCACAAAAAGUUAGAAUGCAAAUUAAAAAAAGACCUUGAUUAUAGAGCUGUUAAUGGACAUUUGACAUUUAAAAAGUUGCCGUUUUAGUGACAUGUAUCUGUGCAUGUAUUCAGUGUUCUUUACCAAAACUGAUUGUUUGUAGCCGUGAUGUCUAACAAGCAUGAUGAAUGUAUUUCUUUCCUUUAUAAAAAUCAGUAGAUUAGUUUUAAUAUUAUAAAUCUGCCUUCUUUUACAUCCAAGUUCUCUUUUUCUUUUCCUUCUUCUUUGCAUUUUGCUGGCACAUUGCAGCAUUGUAGUUGGCACAUUGUUACCACCAGAGAUUAUAGUGCGGUUAGCAUGUACGCUUGCCUGUGCAAAGAAUCGGGACCACCCAAUCAUAAAAACAUAAAUACACAAUACCGCUAAUGGUCUAAUAUUCCAGAUGAGAUUUAAGACACUUUCAGUUGCCCUUUACCUUUGCACUUUUGGCCAGAUAACAAUUGAGGAAUUCCAAGUAACAAGAACAACACUGUUGGCACAUCCACAUGAAACAAGCCUUCUGUAAUGUACCUAGUCUGAUGUACCUAGUCUGUUCGUUGUAUCUAUUUAACCAAAACUGUCAAGUCAAAUAAAUGUAUUUAUUAUUAUUAUUAUUAUUAUUAUUAUUAUUAUUAUUAUUAUUAUUAUUAUUAUUAUCUGAGUGGCAGUUGCUGGUUGUAUUUAGCCAGAGCUCCGGGACACCAACCACCAGCCAAUAGGUGACUGCGAGCUGGCUACAGGCACCACUAGAUGCCAGUGCUUUUAGGGGCCAUGGUAGUUAGUUAAGCCAGAAAAAGUGAGCGUGAUGCGGCAAUGACAGUUAGGUUUAGGCCCGACUUGUUAAGUUUAGAAAAAAAGAUUGUGGUUUGGAUUAAAACACUUAUGAUGAACAAACAAGCGUUUUCUGGGUGAACGGAUUUAAUUUUCACCGUUAAGUGACCUCCACUCCGCGGCCUGAAAGCUGUGUGUUUAGUGUUGACAUCACAUUUAUGCUAUUUAAUUCUGAGAUUAUUAUCCAUUGAAUAUUGAAGUUCAAUAAUCAGUGUUUUUGCAUGGCUGGCAGAGUGGCUAUAUCCAUGGUAUUGAAAGGGGUAUUUAAUUUUUGCAUGUUUUAACCAGAGUGCAAUUUGUGCUUUCUUCACAAAUCGCACCCUGGUUAAAACAAUAACAGUUUAGCUCUUGUUAGCUAACAACACGCAACAAUGAAUCCAAUAAUGACCUGCGAGUUGGACAAUUUUUUUUUAAUCUCCUUCACAUAACUCAUUGCUGUCUCCAGAGUCUCAAAGGCAGAUUGGCACAUAGCUUUCUUGAAAGCGGAUCGGCUCAAGACUAAUGUAACUGGGGUCAUUGUCUAUUAGAAAAAAUUAAAUGGACUUAUACUUACACAACCACGGACACCCAUAAUAGCUCCUCCCAUUUCACAUUGCACUUAUGGAUUUACGCUGAAGGAAAGAUCCCCCCAUGAAUAUCCUUUAAGGUUUCUUUAUUUGUAUUCUGUGUUGUUUAUUAGGAUAUAAUGUUGUUGAUGAGUGUUGCAUGAUGCUUUAGUGGAAACCUUGUUGCUCUGAAAAAGGUUGGCAUAUACAUAUACAUGACCAUAGUCUCUCUCCUUUACAAAAACUCAACAUUUUGUACCUGCAAUGCAUUCUGGUCGGCUGGGAUUACUGUAAAUGGGGAGGACCAUAAUUAAUUUCUCAGUGUUGAAUGGCGGUACAAAUGGCAGUUGCUGACAAAAGCCCUCGCUCUCUGAUUCACACUGACACCAAAACCUGACAUUUACUGGAGAUGUUUUAGAUAGAGAACUCCAUUCAGACUCCAUUGUAACCGUGCUGGACAAUAUAUCAACAUGCUGUCACCCUAUGUUUGGCCAAUUAGCCACUGAGAGAAGAAAUAUCUACCAAUAUAAAUGAAAUAGGCCCAGAAAUGCAAGGUGUCACCAGAAGGACCUUUAAGUGCUUUAGGGUGGAUUUAUCUUUUAAUUGCAGAUAUUUUUCUGGAGGCUGCUGGACCUACUUGGCUGCUUCUCUCCUCUUCUGUUGCACUGGUGUAAUAGAAACUGUAGGUGCAGCUGGAGAUGAGAGGAGAAAACUGAAAGGGAAUAAUAGAAGGGGUAAGAUGAGAAGGGAAGGAUAAGAGAGAAAGAGAGAGAAAAAAGGCGAAAGGCAAAGUUUGACACUUGUGUUUGAAUUAAAAUGAGGCUGGGUGUGGAGAGAUUACUUUUUCUCUUUUUGUCUCUCUCUCUCUCUCUCUCCCUCUCCCCCUCUCCUUCUCUCCCUCUGCUCUGCCCGGUUGUCCUCUUUCUUCUCCUAAUGCCCACAGCCUCUCUGUACAACCCACUCAUCUUCCAGUCUGCAUCUCGACUGACAAACGGUUUAAAGGCAAGCGAGUUCAGUGCUCGUUUUUUUUCUUCUUUUUCUUAGAUGCACACAAUUGUUUUAACUUCGGCACAUGUGUACAAGUAUCACUUGUACACAUACUAAAAACCUGCAGUAUGAUGUUGUCGGUUAUCAGGACAGCAUUCAUCCCAAAACUGUGAAAUUAAAGGUCUUCUCUACCCAAAAAUGAAGGAUUUGUCAUCUAAUUUUAAGCUUUGAUGCAUGUCUCCAAUCAUUCACGGUGUUUAAUCAAACUAUCCUAUAACUAAAACCAUUCUGGCUGUAAACACUCUCUGGACAUGCAGUAAAGUUAUUCCUUCUUUCUAAUUGUUUAAUUUAAUUUAUUUCCUAUUGCUUGCCAUAUUUUUCACUAUGUAUGUUAUGUAUAUUGGUUUCUCUUGGAAAAAAGAAAAACAGCUCAGUAAUCAGCUGUAGUCUGCCUUUCUCUGUUUACCUACAAUACUGUUAUAGGUGUUACUGCUCAUAUAGUCAGAGCAACCCACUGUAAUGUAUCAUAAUGAUGUAAUAUAAUGUGAGUAUGCGCACGCCUGUGCACAUUUGUGUGUGUGUGUGUGUGUGUGUGUGUAUGCGUGUGUGCGUGCAUGUGUGCGCGUGCAUGUGCUUGUGUGUGUGUGUGUGUGUGUGUGUGUGUGUGUGUGUGUGUGUGUGCUGUUCAGUGUACAGUAAAAUGUUUGUACAUCGUGCGUGUGUGAGUUUGUAGCUGUUAACUUUCUGGGUCUUACAUUUACAAUACAGUGUUUGUCAAUAAAGAAGACGAAUCAAUCAAACUGA